UUGACCCUCCCUCUCCCCCAAAAGGUUAAGAUUACAAGAAUGUCCCGCAAAGAAUUCAAAAUCCAUCUGUGUUCAAAAACCAAAAUCCCCCCUUAAUAUGUCCAAGUGCACUGUCCAGUGCCAGUCCAGUCUACCGUAAACAUUGUGCCUCUCCCCAAUUCCUCCGAUGGAAUUCACGUUAGACGACGACAACUUUGACGACGCCUUUUUCAACGAAGUCGACAAAUUAGAAGAUCUCGCCACCUCUUCCACGCAACAACCGCAACAACAACCGCAACAACAACCGCAACAACAUCAUCAACAACAACAACAACAUUCUUUGAAUUCAAAAGCUUCAUCUUCGGUUACGUUGUUCCACUCUUAUGUUCCUCCCCAAAGUCAAAUUCAAAUUCAAAUUCCUGCUUGUUCUGUAGUUGUUGAUGUUCAAACUCAUUCUCCUCCUCGAGAACUCUCUCAGCGAAACCCUAACAAUAGCAAUAGUCAUUCUAGUACCACCUCUACAUCUGUUUCUUCCCCUUUUUCUCAAGAUCAGCUCGAAAUUCAACGAUUGAAGAGCGAGUUAAGCUGUGUCUCCAAGGAGCUUUUGGAUUUGAAACAAGAAUGCUCUGAGCUUAAGAAGCAAAACAACAAGGAGCAGCAGCUGAAGUUUGUACAUUCUAAUAAGAAACCCAAGAUUUGUAACUCCGAAGACGACUCUAGGAAUGUGAUUUCACUUAGAUGCGAAAACAUAGGUGCUAUUGCUGAUCAUGCUGCUUCUGGGAUUGGUAUAGAGAAAAGGAGUACUGGUAUACAAACAGAUGCCAGUGAUGAAUCUCUCAAUCCAAGCACAAGUGGCUCUACAUCCACAUUUUGCAAUCUUUCAAGAUUGCUUUCAAUUUGGUCCCCAUUAAGCAGCCAUAGAUCAGGGAGACAUUUGGUUGCCAAGUUACUUGAGGCCUGUGCAAGUGAUUUCUAUGCUUUAUCUGGCUGUUUGGGUCUUAACAUGACCUCCAAAAUAGAUACCGAGGGCUUGACUCAUGCACCAAUGCCUGGAAAAGCUCUAGGUCUGCAUUCUGAUGAAUUUUCCAGGGUAUCGCAAGAUCAACUACACUCUGUGUUGACAAAGCUAGCUGAUGAUAUGGUCCAUAUAAAUGCUUUUGUGAAGGUACUGCUUGAUCUAUGUCGUCUUGAAAACGCUUCGGUUGUUCGUAGGUCUUUGUGUAUUCUGCAUGUUACUUUGGAGCACAUGUUGAGCAUCGAUAAAUUGGUUCCUAAAAGGGAUAAUGUCAAGGUGGAGAGGUGUUACUCAUCAGAUGCUGUGCAUAUUCGUGAUUCUGAAGUGGGAAAAACUGGUGGUGUGCGUGAUGCUAGGGGAAAUGAAACACCCCAUGAGAGCUUUAUAGCUUGCAAAAAUAUAUGCAUUGCUGAACGUGAAACUUUCUCCUUUUUUUGUCAUGUAGACUGGCUUCACCUGUUUACGUCUAUGUGUCAAAUUGUUGUUAAAUUGACUGAAGAACGUGCAAGGAUAGAAGCUGUUUCCAUCAUGAAUAUAAUCCUAUUAAGAACUGAUCCUUAUUCCGGUAGAGCAAAGUUUGGGGGCUCACUUGUUUUUGAAGCUGUUGCUUUAUUGUUGAGAAAGGAAGUUGGGAUUUUCUGUCGGAAAGAAGCUGUGCAUCUCUUGUAUCUACUUUUCAACUGUCCAAAUAUAUUAGCCACUUUUUGUUCAAGUUGUAAAGAAGAUAACAGUGAUGCAAAAUCUCCAACUCAUGGUGCCAUAAGUUUGCCUUGUCAAGAAUCUCGCGCUGUUCUUGAGGGAUUGGCCGACUGUCUAAUACGCACUGAGCAUGGUGUUAAGGAGCUGAACCUUCGUCGAAAUGCAAUAAUUGUGCUAUCAUUUUUGGCUUCUUCUGGGAAAUGUGGUUUUGAGACUUUCCUAUUCUACAAGCUUUCUGAAAGACCCAAUUUUCUGGGACUAGUUCUACAAGUGUUGGUUUCAGAAAUUGAUGCAGAAGCAUUGGAGUCGAGCCCUGCACCAGAAAUAUCCACAGAGAGAACUUUACUCAUACGAGAGGCUUUGAUAUUACUCAACCGACUAGCAAAUCCUGCAUAUUCAGCCACGGUCUGGCAAGUGAUAAGGAGCUGUAGAGAUAUGGUCAGCUUGGCAAUUGAUAUUGCCACUAGGUUGUCCAAGAAAAGCCGGAGGCUACUGAAGUCUGACCGCACUAUUAGGCAGAUGAGGGAACAUGAAGUAGUGGACUUGGCUUGCUUAUUCAAGAAAAGAGUUUUUACCUUCCUUGGGGAGAGUAGUUUCUCCUGAAUUUCAUUUCCAUCCGGUCUCACCAUUUUUCAGCCACUAUGGGUUCAUGUUCUGCCUAUGUGCUGGUGUCGUCUAAUGCAGCUCUGACGGAAAAACGUCGCAGGGCAGCAAUUACGCACACAAACAUGCAUGCAGGGUGCAGUUCAUUUUGUUGUGGACUUGAAGUAGGGAUAGUAUUGUAAAAUUAAAUUUUGCAAUGAAAUGAGCUACAAUUUUGGACAUUGAUUUUGGUAAUCAGAAAUAUUCUUAACCAUCAAGUGUUUGCAGCAGUCUCACAUACUAUCCUUUACGCUAGUCUGUUUCUUCAGUUCCUUCAGUUUUACAGAUGUCCAGUGGGAAAUAAACACAUUAAAAUCUCA